UCAUCCUUCCAGUCUUGACUGAGAAGUCAAGCCAAAAUGCUGAUACCACUGUUCUUCACUACCUUCCUUAUCAACUUUCCUCAUCAACUCGCACAAUCGGACGUAAACAAUGGACUAAUUACGAUUGCCGCGGUCAUAGGAGCUUCUGUGCUGCCCAUCGGAUUCGCUGCUGGCCCCAGAUAUGUUCCAAAAUGGAAAAAGCAAGCGUGCGAAAUACCGGCAUCCCAACACCCAAAUUCGCAUUAUAUUUGCGACGAAGCUGGUGAAGUAAAAUGCUUGCCAGGAUGGACUGGAGAUCUGUGUGAUGUACCGAUUUGUCGCAAGGGUUGCGAUCCCCUUCAAGGCUAUUGCCGAAGACCAGGUGAAUGUCGUUGUAAACUGGGUUUCUAUGGCGAACUAUGCGACAAAUGCGUAGCCUUGCCAGGGUGUCAACACGGAAGAUGUAACGUGAGCUUCGAGUGCUCCUGCGAUCCUGGUUGGAAGGGCAUGUUUUGUUCCGAACCCGUUUGUGCGCCCGAUUGUCUGUCCAGUCAGGGUUAUUGCGAGAGACCCGGCGAAUGCAGAUGUCGUUUAGGUUGGCAGGGCCCCAAGUGCAAACAGUGCGCGGUAUUACCGGGCUGCGUCCACGGAACCUGUCAAGGACCUUUGGAGUGUCGAUGCGAUCCAGGUUGGACCGGAUUGCUUUGUCAAACACCGAUCUGCUCACAAGGAUGCAGCCGGGAACAUGGUGGUUGUAGGCGACCAGGGACAUGCAGAUGCCGCGUCGGCUGGUCGGGGCCCAAUUGUACCGAAUGCGUGAGAUACCCAGGAUGCGUGCACGGAUCUUGCAAACGGCCUUGGGAAUGCCGAUGCAAGCCAGGUUGGGCCGGAGAUCUAUGCACCGAGAAGCUCACCUAUUGCGACGAGCAUUCCGAUAUUUGUCAAAGUGGCGCUACCUGUAUUAGCAUGACUCAUGAAGACGGCGAUUACAGGUGUAUUUGUCCUCUGGGCUACAUGGGUCGGCAAUGUCAGAUAAAAACUAUGGUGCCAUCCCUGGAAUUACUACCACCGAUGCUUAAUACCACCGUAGGAUUAUCGCAAGAAAUGCAAGAUCUCGCGGAUAAGCCGAGUAUCGAAGAAACUUCAAGCGAGGACACGAAGCCGAAACCUCCGAAAGAAGAGGAACAGACUGCGGAGCCUCUCGGACCCAUCGUAAUCACGGAUCCGACUAUCGCUAUUAAUAUCAUGAACAAAGCUAUUGUUACCACUACUGUAGAGCCAGCCGCGACCGCGGGAAAAUGGCCAACAGAGGCGGCAACGGAAUCAAGCGAAAAGGACGAUGACAACGAGACAUAAAAUAGGAUAGUCGAUAUAAUAGCCUGGACGUGGAUUUAUUAAUUUCGUUAUAUACUUAUUUAUUUAUUUAUUUACUUAUAUAAAACCGUGUACUAUAUAAAACUCUGUCGAUAAAGUUAUUCGAUAAAAGGUGUCCUGAAAAAAAUUUACUUUUUGUUUCAUUAUAUUUUAAA